GCUCCCCUGGCAACGGCGCCCCGCGCGCACCGUUCCGCCGCAGCGAUGGCCCCACCCCACCAGCGCCGCUGCGGCGCCCAGCACCGGCCCGGUGCCGAGCACCGGUCCGGGGAGCCGCAGCUGCGCCGGGGCCCCCGGCCCACGAGUGGGCUCAGCUGUGCGGCAUGGGGGGAAAUGGGGCCCUGCAGCCCUACUUAACCCCGGGGUGGUGGCUGCUUGGGUGAUGGGAGUGUGGCUGUGGUGUGAGGCCAGGGGAGCAGGAUGGUGCUGAGCAGCGAGCGGCUCUCCCGGCUCUUCGGCCCCCGCAGCGGUGAGGGCAGCCGGCUGCUGCCCAAGGUGAUGCUGCCAGCUUGGCCCAGGACCAGAGCCCCCCCCAUGUCCCCGGGGCACGGCAGCUGUGGGGCUGGGGAGGCCGUGGGGCUGGGGAGGCCAGGCCUCUGGGGAGGCACCCCCCCAGGUCAUGGGGAUGAGGGGUCUCGGGUGCUGGGUGAGUGGCUGCUCUCUCCCUGUGCAGGCCUCCAGGCUGGUGGAGCUGCCCUUCUCCUCCUCUUCCUCCUUCUCCUCCUCCGAGGAUGAUGAUGGCGAUGAAGGCUCGCCAGCCGGCGCCGCGUGCCGGCAGCUCCCGUCGCGGCCGGGCGCCGCGGGCCGCUGCGUGAAGUACCUGGCCUUCGCCUGGAACCUCCUCUUCCUCCUGCUGGGGCUGCUGGCGCUGGCGGCGGGGCUGGGGGGGCUGCUGGCGGGGGGCUGGCCGGGGGGCGAGCGCGGGGCGGCGGCGCUGGCGCUGGCGGGGCUGGGGGCCGGGGCGGUGUCGCUGGCCGGCUGCCUGGGCGCCCUGCGGGCCAGCCGCGGGCUGCUGCGCUGCUUCGCGGGCGCCGCGCUCGCCUUGGCGGGGCUGGCGGUGCUGGGGGGGCUGCUGCUGUACGCGGCGCGGCGGCGGCUGCGCGACGCCCUGCGCGACGCCCUGCUCCUCUGCCUGCUGCGCUACCCGCGGGAGCCCGACCUCCGCUCGCUCGUGGACGAGGUGCAGCGCGGGCUGCGCUGCUGCGGCCUCGGCUCCUACCGCGACUGGGAGAGCAACCCGUACUUCAACUGCAGCGCCCCGGGAGCGGAGGCCUGCAGCGUCCCGGCCUCCUGCUGCCUGGACCCGCUGCGGAACGGCUCCGUCGCCAGCACCCAGUGCGCCGCGGGGGUCCUGCGCCUGGGGGAGGCCGCGGCCGGGAGCAUCGUGCACCUGGGGGGCUGCGUGGCCCAGCUCGGCGCCUGGCUCCGCGGCCAGGCGGGUGCCAUCGCGGCCGGCGCGGCCGUGCUGGUGCUGGUGGAGGCGGCCGGCGUGCUCAUGGCGCUGAAGAUGCUCAGGGACAUGGCGCGGGAGUGACGGCGCGCUGGCUACCCGCUCGGCGGUGGCACCGGCUGGCGGGGGGGACAGUGAGCGCGGUCUCGGCCGCGGUGCAUGGGGCCGGCUGGGCUCCCCUGUAUGGUGUGCGGGGCUCUCCCGCCUCCCCUCCCUGCUGCAUGGAGAAUAAACCUCUGCAGAGGCUUGAACCC